UCCCAUCACUCUCUCUUUCACCACCCACAAGCUCGAAAGUGGUUGCGUCGCCAUGCGGAAACGCUGAAUCUACCACACAUUCAAUCUGAAGACCUCAUAUCGGCCUCUCAUCCGCUCACUCUCCUUUGAUAGUACAAUCUCCAGGCAACCACGGCCCCUACUCUUGUGCGCCGUAGCGACCCGCGCAAUCGUAUACCAUCACAGAUCAUCUGAUCGACCAUGGAAGGUCAGAAGCACCAAUGGGGUGUUACAAAGCCUAUUCUUGAGGCUCAGCCCACCGAGGCGGAUCUCAAGUUGAACGAUCAGUUGAUAGAAGCUUUGAAACGGGAGAACAACUUCGAGACCCCCGAGGGCACCGACGUCAGGCAACGGGUCCUCGAUCAUCUUCAAAAAGUCGUUGAAGAAUUCAUCCGACGCGCGGGAAAGGCAAAGGGACUCCCUGCAUCUACUGUUGACAGCUCAGGAGGGAAGAUCUUCUGGUUCGGAAGUUAUGCACUGGGUGUCUAUGGCCCCAGUUCUGAUAUCGAUACCUUGAUUGUCGCGCCGAAACAUAUCUAUCUCGACGAUUUCUUCGAGCACUUCCCUCCUACGUUCCGCGAGAUGUCUAACGAGUCCGACAUCACCGAAUUCGUACCAGUGAAGGAUACCUUUGUCCCGAUCAUUAAGAUGGAAUACCGUGGUGUCAGUAUAGAUCUAUUGUUUGCCUCCCUGCCGAGCAAGUCUUCUAUACCGAAGGAUUUCGAUCUCACCGAGAAAGGCAUACUGCGUGGAUUGGAUGAUACAGCGAUGCGAAGUGUCAAUGGAACGAGGGUGUGCGCCGAGCUUCUACAAGCUGUGCCGCAGGUCAAAUCAUUCCGUCACGCGCUUCGAGCAGUGAAGCUGUGGUCGAAUCAACGAGGCAUAUACGGUGCUGUUUUCGGUUUUCCUGGUGGUGUCGCAUGGGCCAUAAUGGUCGCACGCAUCUGCCAAUUAUACCCAUUCGCUUGCGGAGCCACUAUUCUUUCCAAGUUCUUCGGAUUGAUGUUGAAGUGGAAUUGGCCAGCGCCUAUCAUCCUCAAGUCUAUUGAGGAAGGAACGAUGAACCUACGCGUUUGGAACCCCGCGAUUUAUCCCCAAGACCGGGCUCAUCUGAUGCCGAUCAUCACCCCAGCAUUUCCUUCCAUGUGCGCAACCCAUACAAUAAUGCAUUCGACCAAGGGCAUAAUGAUGGAUGAAUUUGCGAGGGCAGAUGCAAUCUUAGGGUCCAUCAUCACUGGAAAGAAGACAUGGGCAGAUCUGUUUGAGCGACACUCAUUCUUCACCAAGGACCACAAGUACUAUCUCAGUGUCAUUGCAGCUAGCCGAACCAAAGAAGCGCAUGACCUUUUCGCAGGUCUUGUACAGUCUAAAACACGGCUUUUGGUGAAGGGAAUCGAUGAUGGCGAUGCGGGCGUAGAUAGGGCUCGUCCGUAUCCGAAAGGCGUCGACCGCGUUCACAUUUGUGACACGGAAGACCAAAUCGAACGAAUCAUUCAGGGCAAUAUGGAGUUUCAAGUCCCGGAAGGGCAAUCGGUCGACGAUCUCGUGAAAGGUGCUGAUGAACGACACAUCAUCUACACCACAACCUUUUACAUCGGACUCACGUUGCCAGAAGGCGGUACGCGCUCACUAGACAUUUCCUUUCCUGUUUCGGAGUUCAAGCGAUUUAUCACCAUGUCCGAUACUUACAACGAAGACGUCAUGUCGGUUCGUGUUGUUCACACUCGGAAUCAUCAACUUCCUGACGAUCUCUUCAAGCCUGGCGAGAAGAAGCCAGAAAAGGAGAAGAAGAGGAAGAAGGCCUCAGGAAAGCCCAAGCGUAGCUUUGCAGAGACGGGACUUGACGACAGCCAAAUUGCAUCAGCCAAGCGCAGGGAGUCGGAGAACGUGAACGGACUCCCUACUCCUACGCCAGUAUAGACAGAGAGUUGGACUGUUUUGCAGUUCGCCCCCCCUGUCCCCCUUCGCUAUAUUUGCCGAAAGAAAUAGGGCUUCUGACAUGUUUCUUUUCUCAGUCGCGGUCACUUCUAGCUAUAAUGGGCAUCGGUCUGCUCGCGAAACUACCACCAUAAAGGCACAGCAACUUGAAUGCCAUUGUCACCCGCAUACGUUCACCCGCCGAUCGUCACAUGCGCGAUCCAAUGCCGCGUCAGGUUCGUAUCCGUGCCGGCCUCGAGACCGUAAU